AUGACAGCAGAAAAGAGAAAUAUUGUGAAACUAGGGGAGAAACUCUGGGGAUGGAAGCUUUGUGUUCAUUGCCGUGCUGGCAAUGAAUGCAAAGAUCCUGGAUGCCCUGGGCAACGUCACCGCAGCAUACAGAGAUACUAUCAAUUCUGCGAAGCCAUACUGCGCCCCAAUCCGCUAGAUGAGCCGUUCAAGACGAAAUUCAUAGACGAGAACGAUCGCCAUCUACAGAUAAUCCUCAAUGUCAAAUCCAAUCCCGAGUUGAGCCGACAAGAACUGAGAACUAUCGUCUGGGGCACCAAUAGCAGCGUCUCACUCACAACUAUGUCGGCAACCAUAGACCGUGCAGUUAGGACUAUGUUGAUGGUGGACUGUGUGCCUUCAUAUCAGCCUUCCGGGCGUCUCGAGGAGGGCCAAUCGAGGCUUCCUUGGGGCGAUGGUUUACCAUUAUCCAAGUUUCUCGAGGAAGCCUUCCCGAAGCAUCAGCACCACGUGUUGAGCUCGAUCAACCACCCGCGUCGUAUAAAAUUCAAGAGCGAGUUAAGGGCCGAUCGACUUAAGAAAAGGUUAGGGAUUACCUUCCGAGGCACAAGCGAUUUACGGGAUCAUCUCCGACUAAGCUAUACCUCUUCUGGGAUAAUUCUGAACAUCUACCAUCAUGUAGGAUUCCUCAAGGAGCAAUUGAUUUUGACGAAGGCAAAAUCAUGCGGCGAAGGUUUCUCGCAGUCAAUCAAAGUUUGCGGAGCACUCCCUAGACAACUGAUGUUGGAGACGAUUGAUUCUCUGCAAGGCAUCCUUUUCCCAGUAGCGAGUAAGAAGGCAAGGAAGUUACUAGAUAGGCUCGUGGCAACCGAACAGUGGGAUCCUGAAAUAAGGAUAUAUGAGUUCGGUACGAUACGGAAUCGUGAAGAGUAUAACAUCCCCUACUACUACCUCGCUGAACAUUUAUCCGAACUUCAGAAUGGAUUGGAAAAUCCUCCACCACGGGGUUGGCUCGAGAGGCAAAUUGAGCGGCGCACGGCAGAUAGAUAUAUGAUGAUGGCAACCCUGGCAGGAGUGGCAUUUGCUGUGUUACUUGGUAUGCUCUCACUGAUCGUCAGCUGCUACCAGACCUGGAUUUCAUACCAAGCGUGGCAGCAUCCCGUUAGCGCGGGCGGACCAUAA